CAGUCAGUUAAGAAGUGCCUGUCCUACUAGUGCCAGCCAAAUUCUAGCUGAAUCAAAUGAAGUCGCUCUCGCUUAGAUAUGGUUUAAUUCUUUUCCUAUUAAUCAUAGAUAGUCUAGAUUCAGCAGCGGUUCCUAAAGGUGGUGCCGGAUCUGGAGGUCGCGGAGUCAAAGUUUCUGUUAAAGGAAUGCGCCACAAAGCGGGCGGGAGAAAGGCAGGAGAACGUCGUCCCGUAUUAAGUAGCGCUGGCAUUCGAGCGGGAGCAAAUACGGUCGUUCAAGAGUCUCCGACGCUGACAGCAGUCGGGGUCGGAGUACACCCGUUGGGUAACAGAAAAACAGAAGAAUCGGAAUCUUACUACAACAAUCCAAAUGGAGCCAAAGUGAUAGACGCGUCUCACUUCGAAUCGGAAUACAUUCUCGGUCGGAAGUUGGCAUUUUACUGUAAGGCACAAGGCGUUCCACGCCCGCACAUAACCUGGCUUAAGGACGGUAUCGAACUGUACGCCCAUCCAUUCUUUCAAGUGCAUGAAUACAAAGUUGGCAAAGAUUUGAUCAAGUCCAAGAUGGAAAUCGAUCCAGCAACGCAAAAGGAUUCUGGUUUCUACGAAUGCCAGGCGGACAAUAAGUACGCCAUUGACAAGAGAGGAUUCCGUACCGAUUACACGUUAGACGUUUACUAAAAAUCGGCUUCUUCGGAUGUUAAAUUAAAGCUUGGAAAUAUGAAACGUUGAAAGUAAGAUUCAGUCCCAUCUCACUUUUCGAUAAAAAUUGCCUUUUCACCGUUUGUUCAAUCAUCUUCCGUUUUAUAGUUAGUACACUCUGGAGACCUAUAUUGUCUCGCGGCGGUAUAAAGGCCACUGCCCACUUGCCACUUUCGUCUUCGUAAAUUUUUAAAAGAUCAAACUUUGCCAACUGUUAUAGCACUUUUGGGGAUUCAUCGGCUAUUCAAGUCACGCAGACUAUAUUCUACACGAACGCCGUCCCAAACGAUUGUAUCUACUUAUGUUUUGUUUGGUUCUUCUUGAACGAGAUAUAAAUGUACUCGCCACAUCUUAAUGUCUUUUGUUACUUGUGUUUGAGCAAUCUAUCGCAGUUUAAAUAAAUACGAAGAAUGUUA